AUGUCUAUAAAUGAUGCGGAGGCUGAUAACAUAACGUCGAUACAGGAUGAGGACGAACACAUGUUUCCUCCUCUUCUGCUGGAUGGAGACGCAAUUGAUCCCGACACGGAGAUGAAUAAUGAUUCUGGACUUUCGGGAACUGAAUUGUUCCACACGGGACGUGACGAUGUUUCAGGCACAGUUAGCGUGAUAGAGCAGUCGGUAAUGUCUGCGACGGAUUCCUCAUCAAAUUUUGGUAGUCAUGUAUCAGCAAACACGGUUAACUCCGAAGAUAUUCGAGAUGAGAUACGUUUAAGUGAAAAAAUGAAGCAAACGGGAACUGGUGAUAAGCAAAACGAUGAGCGUAUCCACGUGGAACAUGGACGAUGUUUUGGAGGUUUCAUGUUUGAUCGAAAUCGUCAUCCCAGUCCAGAGCUGCCGAACGAAACGGUAACUGUUCUGAACUAUCCCUUUCCGCCUACAGCUAUACCUAUUGGAGAUGAUGAAAAUGAAUUCCGCAAAUCAUUAGCUGAUGCAAAAGUGUACUUGAUUGGUACAGCGCAUUUUUCGCCCGAUAGUCAACAAGACGUUUUGAAAACGAUUGCAAAUACUCAACCAGAUAUGGUUAUGGUCGAACUUUGUCCAUCGCGUAUAUCAAUACUUUCAAUGGAUGAGGAUACUUUACUUGAGGAAGCUAAAAAUUUGAAUUUUGAUAAAGUUAUAAAUACUGUUAAGCAGAGUGGCGCAGUUCAAGGAAUACUCCAUAUAUUAUUAUUGUCUAUGUCUGCCCAUAUGACCAAGACGCUGGGUAUGGCUCCCGGAGGGGAGUUUCGUGCAGCUCACAAAGGUGCUAUGAACGUGAAGAUGUGCAAACUAAUUCUGGGUGAUCGUCCAAUACAUGUGACUGUACAAAGAGCACUGAGCUCUCUAAACUUUUUCCAAAAACUUCGACUUUUCUACCACAUUGUUCUUUCACAUAAAACCACUAUCACUCAAGAAGAAGUAGAAAGAUGUAAGAAAUCAGAUAUGCUGGAAGAACUGCUUAAGCAGAUGGCUGGUGAAUUCCCACUGCUUUCGAAAAUCUUUGUGGAGGAACGAGAUCUGUAUAUGACCAAUGCUUUGCAUACUUUAUUGAAAAAAUCUACGUUUGAUAAGAGAGUAGCAUGGAGUAAAACAGAUGUCGCCUGGCAGCCAAUAUCUGUUGUAGCUGUUGUCGGCAUGGGACAUGUUCCUGGCAUUAUUUCUAACUGGAAUAAAAGAAUUGAUGUAGGUGAUCUCCUAAUCAUACCACAACCAACACAUACUGAAAAAUUCAUACGCUUGACCCUGAAAGCGAUGAUCAUUGGCGUGGUGGGAUAUGUGUUUUAUCAAGUUGGUUCAAAAGUGGUUAACAGAGUGCAGAUGUUAAUGAAAUGA